CGACGGACACGAGGAAGUCGGAAGGUUUCCGCCUCAUACCGGAAGUAAGGCGGAUGUUAUUGCAAGGCUAAGCAGCAGAAGCUAGUAUCCUCAAAGCAGACGCUUUCAUAAAGUAUAGAGGAAUUUGACGCUAUUGUCUGGAAGUCGACAUGAGGCCUCCUGCUCGCACACGUAGGAAACCUGACCGCAACUCGACUUCCCGACCACGGACGCAACACGCACAGGAGAACGCCUACAGCUGGUCCAAGAAAGAGCGGCAGAAGCUCGUGAACGCCCUGACGGUGCUCAGACGUGGCCACGGAGAGCUGACCAAGAUUGACUUCUCUCUGCUUAACCUUCAAAUACCUUCGCGCUCCGUCUCUGAGAUCCAGUCUGUGGUAGAAAGUCUUCAGAACAAAGUAAUCUCCUCAGCCAGCUCCCAGAUGAAGGCGAAGAUGUCAGCAAUGAAGAAGAUGGGGUCGCCCAUUGAGAUUUGGACCCGCUUGGCCUCUGCUGUGUGCGGAAGCAUCAAAAAGCCCAUUUCCUCCGCUUUCUCUCAGAUGUUAACUGUGGCGUCCACAGAACCUCGCACUCUCCAGAACUGUGACCCACCCCAGCUUCACACGGCACUGCGCACUGAUUGUCCUGUUGGACGGACUGUCCCUUUAACACCUGUACUUUCACCUGUCAAAGCCGAGGUGGUUUUCAAGAGUCGGGCUGCAGCCAAAAGACCAGAGAAUGAUCUGCACUUCGCAACCAUGUCCCCCUGCCAAGUGUCUGUUACUCAGGAGCCAAGUUCCUCUCACACCCCCAUCAUUCCUCCUGCAGCUUCACCUGUUUCUGCUGCAAGACCCAUCACUUCCCAAGCUAGUUCCUCAGCUUCAUAUUCUUCCAACUUUUCCUCCACAAGCGCCUCACCCUCUCAGCAUGCCAAGCCCGCUGUGAUGAAGACCCACUUCAGUCACACCAGCAAACACAUCACCAUAGACUCUUCCAGGGUCCUGGGUGUUAAUUUUGUGGUGGACUUUGAGAGGAUCUACAACUACUUGAGCACCAUCCACCAGCCGGACUGCAAGUAUGAGCUCACACCCAUGGAGAGCGCCAUCGUCUUGGACCUUCUCAUGUCCCUACCAGAGGAGCUUCCCCUGCUGGACUGCAAAAAACUGCACAGUUAUCUAAUCCAGGUGUACGACAACCUCUCAAAACCUUCCAGUUCCAAGCAGGUCAAAGAAAUGUUACAAGAGCUAAAGACACGCCAGCAAGGAAGCACACAGCCAGAGCCUCAGCAGGAGUGCAGUGGGACGUCCAGCCCAAAUGAAUCAUCAGGGAGUAACGGACUAACAACAGAUGUAAAGCACACUGAACACUGUCCUCCUCUCAACCCUUUAAUGAUUCCACUGGACUUGCUAAAACGCGCGUAGCAUGACAUUGUGUGGUUGUAGCUUUUACAAGUACAUAAUAUUACAUGCUCACAUUUUUUCAUCAUUUUUCUGCUCGUUCACAGUUGUUUUGCUUACUUUUAGUUUUGUUGAAUUAAAAUGGCUGACACAAA